CCUCAAUUGACAACAUCACCAAAAAUAGAUUUGCCACCUUCUAUAGUAGCUUUUAAUGAAAAGAAAUGAUCGAUAUUUGAGGUGCUUCCACGAUAUUUUUUAUCGUUGGUAACAAUUUCAGCAGCUUAAUUGUUUUUGUAAGCGUCCCGCUUAUUAUCAUAUAACAUGUUGAAAUUUAACUUAAUCGUCGCGGUUUGCGAGAAUUCCGGUAUUGGCCUAAAUGGUGAAUUACCAUGGCGUCUUAAAUCGGAGUUGAAAUACUUUUCGACCACAACGAGACGCCGGCAAAAUCCCAAGAAGCACAAUGUAGUGAUAAUGGGACGAAGAACGUAUUAUGGCAUACCUGAAAAUAAACGACCACUUUUUGAUCGCGUAAAUGUCGUAUUGAGUACAACACUCAAACCAGCCGAAUUGCCAGAAAAUGUGUUAUUGCAUUCUAGUUUAGAGGCGGCAAUGCAGCAUUUGGAACAAUCCGAUCAACAGGAGCAAAUUGAUACGGUUUGGAUUGUUGGCGGUAGCCAAGUAUAUAAAGAGGCCAUGGAUUCGCCACGCUGCCAUCGACUAUACUUAACUAAAAUUCUCAAAGAUUUUAAAUGUGACACGUUCUUUCCUAAUAUCCCUGCCGAUUUUCAAGAGGUUGAACCCGAUCCAGAGAUGCAACUGGGUAUUCAACAGGAAGGGGGAAUUCAAUAUGAAUAUAAAGUGUUAGAAAAGCAAUGAAAUGCCAAUUAUACCGAGUAGCAAUUUGAAAAAAUGUUUUUUUUUAUUUCCCUUUCACAUCUUCAACUGUAAUUUUGUCACCUUCAACGCCUUUAGCAGCUAACA